ACUGUUAACUGUUGUUUAGGUCAUUCUCUAUCACAAUUUUCUCCUGCUUUUUACAUCCAGUUACAUUCCUUUCUCAACUCACCCCGUUGAAAGUUUGUCGCCGUUGAAGGCUCGUCGCCGUCAAAGGUUCGCCGCCGUCAAAGGUUCGCCGCCGUCGAAGGCUCACCGUUAUUCCGCACUCUGCCAUCGCCGAACUAUCGAAAGCUCUAUCACCAUCGUCGAAGGUUCGUGGCCGUUGAAGGCUCACCGCUAUCGAAGGUUUUUCCGCUCUCUGUCGUCACCGAACUGUCGAAGGCUUUACCACUGAGAACACUUCUUCUUUAGCUAGAAAGAGAAGCAAAGGAUAUCACUCUAAGGAAAAGCGGAUAUGCAAAUGUGUUCAUUAAGAAUCUUGAUGCAUCAGUAGAUAACAAGGCAUUGUAUGACACUUUUGCUGCCUUUGGAACUGUGCUAUCUAGUAAGGUAGCGGUUGAUGAGAAUGGUCAAUCAAAAGGGUAUGGAUUUGUGCACUUUGACAAUGACGAGUCUGCUCAGAAUAUCAAAAAAUUGAACGGCAUGUUAAUAAAUGAUAAGAAGGUCUAUGUUGGGCUUUUUGUUCAGCGUCAGGAAAGGGCUCCAGGGAAUGGAUCACCAAAACCAAUGUGUAUGUGAAAAUCUUUUCUGAAACAUAGACUGAUGAAGACCUCAGGCAACAGGCUAUGGUUUUCAACCUCAUGUCUUGCCACAAAGCAUGCGUGGGGUUGCUCCAAAUUUCAUUAUGCCAUACCACCUUCAGAGACAGGGUUCUCCUGGACAAAGGAUGGGUCCUACUACACGAAAGGUUGGAAAUACCCAGGUAACUCUCAGCCAUUCACUUCCAAUACCACCAAAUGGUCCAAAUAGCAUACAUAAGUAUGUGCCCUAUAAUUUGGUGGGUCCAUCUGAGAUUUCUGCAUCUCCUCUUGAUGUCAAGACUUCUGCUACAUCGUCGACUACACUUGCUUCGGCUUUGGCUUCUGCAGAUUGGAAGAAAAAGCAAUAUAGUCAGAUUGAACAAGAUGGGGGACUUCAGGAGGGGUUUAAUUAGCAAUGCCCUCGUGAUGGACUUGCAAUUGAGGAUCCAAAGUCAAGGGGAACUCAUGAGUUUGAUCCAUCCAGACCAUUGGACGUGCCUUCUGUUUUUGAUGCAAACUCCAUUAACCUGUUGCAGCUGGCUGAAAUUAUUAGGAGGCUUAAUGAAGAAGAGUGUCAGUUUCUGAUUGAGGCAAGAGGAGUUGAGUCCGAUUUGGAACUGCAAAAUCAUUUUAAUGCUGCCAUGGCUGAGGUGGAAGCUCUUUCUGCCAGAGUGGUUGAGCUGCAGAAUAAUUUUGACAUGUCUCAAAGAUUCACUGGAAUUAUCCGAAGAGUUAGCUGAUUACAGAGUCUUGAUCUCAAGUUUAAAGGUGGAAAAGAAGGGCAUGAAUGAAACUCUUGAUUUGACAAAUGAUGAGAAAAGUAUAAACUUUUGGAGGAGAAGGAAUUUCAUAUAUUUGAAAUUAAGAAUCUGGUAUCUGAAUGCUACAUUCUUACUUUAGAUUUAGCUCUGGCACUGUUUAGAGUACUUUUAAUUGCCAGUGAUAACUGUUAAUUCUGAUUGCAGUUAGUAG